AUGGGGCUCAAUUAUUCUUACAAGGCUCCUAAGGCCCAGAUUCUUUUGAUUAAACCUUUCCCAAGUCUAAAUAAAGUAUACGCAGUAGUACAGCAAGAAGAAAAGAGAAGGCAAAUUUCUUCUGAUAGUGCUGUGACUGAUUCCAUGAACGGCUGGUCAUUUCGUUUAGAGGUGUUUCAAGGCCAAUCCAAACAAGUCAACAUACACAAGGGCAACGGAUCACAUAUCUGUUGUGCAUCUUAUUUUUCUAAAAUUAAAGCUGAGAUCUCUUACUCAAUUGCUUUCCUAAUGGAAAAUAGCACAAAGCAUGAACUCUUGUCUAUUUUUUCUCUAAUCUACGCUGGAAUGGGUAAAGUUAAGCAGGGCUUGUUAGGACACUCUAGUUAUUUCGAGAUAGGACUUCCAAAUCAUAUUCCCAAAGUUACAAAAGGCACAUGUUUGAUAUGUCCUCUAGCUAAGCUGCAGAAGUUACCAUUCUAUCUUAAUCAACAUAAAUUAGAAAAGUACUUUGAUUUCGUGAAUUGUGAUCUAUGGAGACCAUGUAACGAGAUUAGUUAUGGUGGUUUUCGAUAUUUCUUAACUAUAGGAGAUGACUUCAGUAGAUGUUCUUGGGGGAAUCAUUCAUCAAAGAACAUGCAAGAAACCCCACAACAAAAUGCUAUUGUUGAAAGGAAACACCAACAAAUAUUGAAUGUGGCUCUGUUGGAUCAGAAGGCCCAUUUUGAAGUACUCUUUCGGUCCAAACCAAAAUAUGAUCACCUCAAGUUCUUUGGAUGUCUUGCCUUUGCCAACCUCAAGGUCUUUGGAUGUCUUGCCUCUGCCACCACUUUG